AUGCAAAUACUAAAUGAAAGAGAUAGUUUCUUAUCAAACUAUGAAGUAGAUCAACAUUUAAAACAAAUGAAAAAGAAAUAUAAUUGGACUUUUUCCGAAGAAGAUGAAAAAGAAUUACAACAAGAUAAAAGAAGAAAUAAGAAUAGAUUUACAGCAUGUGGAUUAAAUCUAGAAGUAAUAACAAGAGAUAUAUUAUCAUAUAUAAGUCAUAGUCCUACUGCUGUUAUCACAUCCGAUGAUCAAUUUAAAGAAUUGGUAACUUUCUUAAAUCAAUUUGAAUUGAUGAAGGUUGAAAAAUUACAAAUUGUAAAUACAUUACCUAGAUCUAUGGUUACUUUAUAUUCCUUAGUUGAAGAAUGUGAUCAAAGAUUCGAUGAGGAAUCAUGUGAACGAAUAAUCGGAAAAAUAGAUGAGUUAUUCCCUAUAGAAAAGGAUGAAGAAGAGGAGGAAGAGGAAGAAGAAGACCAAGAGGAAGGAGGAGAUGACGAGGAAAUGCAGGAAUAG